AUGUUGUCCAAAAAAAGUAUUGUAUUCUUUCUUAUUUAUGAUUGUUUUUUGUUUGGAAACUGUUCAAUAUAUCACAACUUAAAAUAUUUUGAAACUAUACAUGCCUCAAGUCUUUCUCACAAUAUUGUCAAAAGAGGCACCAAGCUGUCUAACCAUCCAUUCAACACAAUCAAAGAAGUACACUUUAAAACUCUUGGCAAGGAAUUCCGAUUGAUUUUACAUCCUCACACUUCAGUUCUUCAUUCAAAUUUUAAAGCAUAUGCUGUGGAUGGUGAUGGUAAAGAAACUACAGUUCAUGUUGAUCAGGGAAACUACUACACAGGGAGGGUGUUUGGUGAGAAAGUCUCAGAUGUAAAACUGCACAUGGAGGAUGGUAUGAUAACAGGAAUAAUUCACACACCAGAGGAAACAUACCAUAUUGAGCCAUCGUGGCGUCAUUUACCACAUCUGGACGACAAGACGAUGAUAACAUAUCGGUCCUCCGACGUACACUUCAGUUGGAAAGAUACUGACGGUACUACCACUGGGGAUGGUGCAAGACCACGAGUUUGUGGUUAUGUAAAAGAAGGAAAAGAAUUAGAAGAUGAUGAGGACGAUGGCCAAAUUCAUAUUGAUGUUGAAACUGAGCAUGAACAGUCAGAAAAAGAGAAAUACCUACAAGACAUACAUUCAUAUAACACUAGUGACGUAGACGAGAAUCGCAGGGUAAAGAGACAAAGCGACUACGAGUACACUCCUACUAAAACGAGGUGUCCACUGCUCCUUGUGGCCGAUUACAGAUUCUUUCAAGAAAUGGGUGCUAGUAAUACUAAAACUACUAUUAGUUAUUUGAUUAGCCUCAUUGACCGAGUUCACAAAAUUUACAACGAUACUCUGUGGCAAGAUAGACAGGACAUGGAUGGUUUUAAAGGAAUGGGAUUUGUGAUAAAGAAAAUCCUAGUGCAUUCGGAGCCGACGCGUGUGCGCGGUGGUGAAGCCCAUUAUAACAUGGUACGGGAGAAGUGGGACGUGCGGAAUCUACUUGAGGUAUUCAGCCGCGAGUAUUCCCAUAAGGAUUUUUGCCUCGCUCAUUUGUUCACUGAUCUGAAGUUUGAAGGUGGUAUACUUGGCUUAGCUUACGUUGGCUCACCCAGACGCAAUUCAGUUGGAGGCAUUUGCACACCAGCUGUUAUGGCGUAUAGUGUGAGUGUCCUUAUAUGUUUUUUUUUGCAUGUUACAUUUCAAUGUAAAUACUUCAAAAAUGGCUACACUCUCUACCUCAAUUCGGGUCUUAGUUCGUCUCGCAACCACUACGGUCAACGCGUGAUCACUCGGGAAGCAGAUCUCGUGACCGCUCAUGAAUUCGGUCAUAACUGGGGCUCCGAGCAUGACCCCGACGUGGCCGAGUGUUCCCCCGCCGCCAGUCAAGGUGGCUCUUACCUCAUGUACACGUAUAGUGUCAGCGGAUAUGAUGUCAAUAAUAAGAGGUUUUCACCCUGUAGUUUACGGUCCAUCCGGAAAGUGCUGCAGGCAAAGUCGGGGCGAUGCUUUUCGGAGCCUGAGGAGAGCUUCUGCGGCAACUUGCGCGUCGAAGGCGGCGAGGAGUGUGACGCUGGAUUGCUCGGCACCGAAGAUAAUGACAUGUGUUGCGACAAAAAUUGUAAACUGAGAAAAAAUCAAGGCGCCGUGUGCAGCGACAAGAACUCCCCGUGCUGCGCGGGCUGCGUGUUCGCGCCGCCCGGCCUCGUGUGUCGAGAGGCGGCCCACUCGGCGUGCGAGGGAGAGGCCACCUGCAACGGCGCCUCCGCCGACUGCCCCAAGGCGCCAGCGAUAGCGGACGAGCACGAGUGCGCGGAACGCGGGCGCUGUCGCAACGGCACGUGCGUGCCCUACUGUGAGACGCAGGGCAUGCACAGCUGUAUGUGUGAUAUAGUGGCGGACGCAUGCAAACGUUGCUGUCGCAAGAGUCUCAAUAAGACUUGCUUCCCAGUAGCGCAGAAUGACAUACUUCCAGACGGAACACCCUGUAUUCAAGGCUUUUGCAAUAAGGGUGUUUGUGAAAAAACUAUCCAAGACGUAGUAGAACGUUUUUGGGAUAUUAUAGAAGACAUCAAUAUAAAUAAUGUAUUGGGUUUUCUGCGUGACAACAUUGUGGGUGUCGUUGUGCUUGUUACUGCUUUCAUCUGGAUACCAGCUAGUUGUGUUAUUAGUUACGUGGAUCGUCGCCGACAGCGCCAACACCAGAAGUAUUUAGAGUGGGAGAGGCAACACGAUCUUGUACACCCUUCCUCACCGCGUAAAAUAAUACACACCAGAUUACCAAAGCAGAAACCGCCGGGAAUGAAGGGCAAUAUUCAAGGGUCGAGUCAGUUAUAG